GAACAAUCAAACCUUCCUUUCCUUGCCUCGUGUUUCCAAUUCGCGUGAAGAGAGAGAGAGAGAGAGAGAGAGAGAGAGAGAGAGAGAGAGAGAGACAUUCCUUUUGUUCCCAGAUCGCGAUGACUAAUGGGUUUCUCUGUUCUCAUCCCUAGUUUCCCAGAAAUAUUGAGAUAUUUGCUCUGAUUCUGGUGUGUUAGGGUAAAGUUUUCACCUUUGGAGUCUGAAUCGUUGGUUGAGAAGAUUAUCAUCCUUAGUUAGUUAGGGAUGGAGCGUCUUGUGGGAAACAAGUUUCGGCUCGGACGGAAAAUUGGAAGCGGUUCUUUUGGAGAGAUCCAUCUCGGUUCGUUCUUUUCUUUUUUUACCUCAUUUUUUGUGAUUUUUUCUCAAACCCUCUGCUUGCUAACAUUGGUGGGUGUUUCUUUAGGUACUCAUAUUCAAACCAAUGAAGAAGUCGCCAUCAAGCUUGAAAAUGCAAAGACAAAACAUCCACAGCUGCUCUAUGAAUCCAAGUUAUACAAACUUCUACAGGGAGGAACUGGUGUGCCAAAUAUCAAGUGGUUUGGUGUUGAAGGAGAGUACAAUGUUCUGGUCAUGGAUUUACUUGGUCCUAGUCUUGAAGACUUGUUCAAUUUCUGUAGCAGAAAACUUUCUCUCAAGUCCGUCCUCAUGCUUGCUGAUCAAAUGAUAAACCGUGUUGAGUAUUUCCAUUCCAAAUCUUUCCUUCACCGUGAUCUCAAGCCCGACAAUUUUCUCAUGGGUUUAGGAAGACGUGCAAACCAGGUAUACAUUAUCGACUUUGGACUUGCUAAGAAGUACAGGGAUAACACUACUCAUCAGCACAUUCCUUACAGAGAAAAUAAGAAUCUAACUGGAACUGCAAGAUAUGCUAGUAUGAAUACUCACCUGGGAAUUGAACAAAGCCGAAGGGAUGACCUAGAAUCUCUUGGUUACAUUCUCAUGUAUUUCCUUAAAGGAAGUCUUCCAUGGCAAGGACUCAAAGCUGGAACCAAGAAACAGAAGUACGAGAGAAUCAGCGAAAAGAAAGUCUCUACAUCCAUUGAGUCUUUAUGCCGUGGUUACCCAUCAGAGUUCGCAUCUUACUUCCAUUACUGCCGCUCGCUUCGGUUCGAUGAUAAACCAGAUUACGGUUAUCUCAAAAGAAUAUUCAGAGAUCUCUUUAUCCGCGAAGGGUUUCAGUUCGAUUAUGUCUUUGACUGGACCAUAUUAAAGUAUCAACAAUCACAACUAACAGCUCCUCCAUCCCGUGGUCUGGUAAGUCCUGCAGCUGGAACCAGUGCGGCUUUGCCUCCAGGAUUGACCUACGCAGGGGAGGAAGAUGGAGGAAGGCCACCGAUGGAUUCAUCAAGAAGGAGAACGUUUGACAACUCUGGCAACUUGUCAACAUCUAUUAGAGCAGCCCCUAUGAUGCAUAGCUCGUCGGUGUUCGCGCAAUCAGCAGGAUCAUCAAGAAGAUUAACAUCGGAGGAGCUACAGAAAUCCCGUGCGGGCGGCGGAUUAAGAAACACACCGGUGGUUACAACGCCGGAAGGGAAGAGGUCUGGUUCCACCAGAAAACAUUACGACUCUGCGGUCAAAGGAAUCGAGAAUCUUCAAUUCUCCAGCGAAAGGUUUCACCACCAUUGAUGAUCCAUCCAUCUGUUAGAGAAAAAACAUGUCGUGCUUGUUAGGAAGUUAUUAACUAUGUAGUAGUAGUCUUCGGCUCUAUAUUGGAGAAACUAGAAAAUUUGCUACUUUUUCUUUUCUUUAUAGUUUUGCUUUUGAUUCUUUUUUCUAAAUUUAUUUUGUUGGGAUUUGUUUUGUUUAACUACGAAGGAGAUUUGAAGUCA